GUACCGAAAAUAGAUCACGUCAUGAUACCAGAUUAUACCAACGCCUCGAUGGGAAAUUGGGGAAUCAUCAUUUACCUCGAAUCAAAAGUUGUCUACGAUGAAAGCAGAGAUCCCACAUUUUGGAGAAAAGAAGUGGCGUCGUUAGUAGCAUAUGAAAUAGCACAUCAGUGGUUCGGCAAUUUCAUCACCCCAUUAUGGUGGACUGACAUGUGGUUAAAUGAGGGAUUUGCUGUGUAUUUCCAGGCGUAUUUCCUCGACAAGUUGCAAAUUGGAUUUAAAGAUUCGCGGUCAAUGGACUUAUUCGUUACUGGAGCCAUGCACCAUGCUCUCCAUCUAGAUGAUGGCUUAUUGGGUUCUGUUACAUUGAAUCUUUAUAAUGACGAUACCUUGGAUAACCAACUCUUUGUUGAUCAAGUUCGUGAAAAAGCUCCAGCUAUAUUGCGCAUGUUACAUCAUGCAGUGGGCGACGAGGUAUUUCGAAAGGGUAUCACCAAGUAUUUCGCUACAAAGCAAUAUUCGGCGGUCACUCCCGAUGAUUUCUGGAGGGCCAUACAAAGUGCUGAAGACGAACCUUCUUACCCCCCUAGAUAUCGAUAUUAUAUGAAUAUCAGAAUAAAAGAAGUGAUGGAUAUGUGGAUAGUCCAAAAUCGUUAUCCUGUGCUGAAUGUAACGAUGAAUUACCACACUAGUAAUUACAAAAAUGCAGGUGAACUAAUAAUAACACAAAAAUGUUUCCACGCAACUGAAGGUACCAAUAAUAAAUGGUGGAUACCCAUAACCUACACUGACCAGAGCCGUCUGAAUUUUUCCAAUACUAUGCCCAUUUUUUGGUUAGAGCCAGACGAAACUCUUAGAAUACCAAUUAAUACUCUUGGUUGGAUUAUCGUCAAUCUACAACAAACUGCAUACUGUCGUGUCUAUUACGAUACCGGAAUUUACGAAAAAAUCAUACCUUUCUUGGGCUCUCAAGAUCACACGAAAAUACACGUUCUUAAUCGUGCUCAAAUUAUCGAUGAUGCAUAUGCUUUUUUGCUCGAAGACCAACUAGAAAGCUCCAUAUUCAAUUAUCUUAUUGCUUACUACACAUUUGAGAGAGAUUAUGUGGCAUGGCGUCCAAUGUUCCGAAUAUUAGAACGGAAUGAGAAGUACUUUUCACUGCCAGAGAGUAAAGGUUUCAAGUUAUACAUGGUACAAAACUUUAAUGGGGUUCUUCAACAUUUGGGAUACGAAGAAAAUCCUGAUGAUGACGAUCUCACUAAGUUACUAAGGCUAGAGGCCACGAAAUGGGCAUGUACCGUCGGUCACGCGGAAUGCAAAAAAAACGCCGCCGUUAAAUUAAGCGAACAUUUGGCGGAUCCUGAUAAUCACAAGAUUCCAUACUGGUGGCAAGAUUGGACGUACUGCUUUGGUUUGGCGGUAGCUAAUAAGACUACUUGGGAUAAAAUGAUGGAACGAUAUGUGCUAACAUCACCUAAUGACGAUCUUUUGAAAAACUUGAAUUGUGCUGAAGAUCCUGAUAUCAUUAUCAACUAUUUGUAUAUUACAGCAUCAAAUACUAAAUUAUUUAAGGAUCUGGACCAUGUAUUUAUCUUCAAUUUAAUUCUUGAAAAACAUGCACGCAACGAUUUGGUCCUUGACUACAUAUUAGCAAAUUUUGAUAUUAUAAAACCCAGAUUACUUCCUGCAACACAAACGUUAUUUACUGUAUAUCAAAAUGUUUAUUCUAACGAACAAUUGUCCAUGGUGAACACAUUUGCGGGAAAAUAUUUCCAUCAAGAUCGAGACGCUUUGGCACGAGUUACAUUUAUGAUAAAAAAGCGUAGAAAUAUACUUAAAGAGUCCGUAGAUAUUUUUACACAACGAUUUGGAAAAAGUCAAACUUUAAUUGAUCAAUUACAAAAAUUAGAUUAUGAUGAAGAAGACGUCAAUAGUGGGUUGAUCAAUCAAGACGUUGCGUCUGUUACAAUCACGAUGGAUCAAGACCUAUCUGCAUAAUUUUUCAAACAAUACUAUUUUUA